AUGAGCCUGACACCAGACAGGCAAGGUUAUCUAGGACAACUGAAGGACAAAAAUAUUACAGAGCUCAUAGAACUCUUAGAAAGACAAGAGAAGAUAUUAUCCAAAGGGAAAUAUUUAGCACGUUUGCCAGAUAAAGGGGAAAAAGCAAGGGCAUUUGCAAUCCAUUUGAAGCACCUGAUAGAAGAGAAAUCGGGUGGUUUACCUGCAUUAACAGCAAUGACUGAUUGUGACAUGGAUCCAAUUUCUGAUUUACACAAGAGUUCUAUUUCUGUGACAAGCAACAACCAUAAUUUGGGUGUUCAAGAUCAGUCAGACAUUUUUGCACAGAUUGAAGUUAAUCAACCAAGGGAGACUACAGAAAACGGCCAGACAGGCAGCUCAGAAAAUAAUGAGAAAAAUAUUGUUGACCUCGGCAGCAAUUUGGCUUCAAGUUUAGAGAAAAUGUCUCUAGGUGGCAGCAACAAGAGUCAGCAGACAGACACAGGACAUUACAUCAACAGCUAUGAGAGAGUCAUAAAACAAGCAGAAGUCAAAUCUAUACAUAAAAAGCCAAAGUUUUUACCAAACAGGACACUUCUUCAUUAUGACAUACCACCUUCACCAUACCCUCAAGACACAGCACCUAAGAAACCUGAAAGGGAAGAACCGUCUGCAGCAAACCCACCAUGCUACAAAUUUCAGAAGUCACAACUGAUACCCAUCGAGGAAUCAGUGAAGUUGAUUGAGCAGCAGAGAGCGUUAAAUGAAGAACUAACCACUCAGAGAGCCGCCAGAAAAUUGGCUGAACAGUUGCUACCAAAGAUGGACACCUAUGCACCAGCGAGUACUGACAUGCA